AUAAAGACGUUGGAAAAAUUAGGUACGAAAGUUCCCACAGCAUGAGCACCUGAGAGAGUGAAUCCAACGUUGUAGACCUCGGACUCAUCGACAUCACAAACUAAGCGACCCCAACAAAGUCCCAAUCAUAACUCAACACUUGUCCGACACACAAACCCACAUAGAGGAGGCUGUCUUAAUUUGACACGGUCAUCACAAUUCACAAACACAGACAGAAACAGAGAGAGAGAAGAGAGGAGAAUAAUAAAAACGAGAAGAGAAUAAGGCAGAGGGGUUAGGGGCACCAUGGAGAAUCGCAAGGUGGAGGAGGAUGUGCAUGUUAGGGAGGACGAUGAUGACGUGGCGGUGGAGGAAGAGGAGGAUCAAGGUGUCGUCGGCUCCAGCUUGACCUUGGAGAGGGUCGCUGUGGCCAAGAAAUUCAUUGAGAAUCAUUACAGGGCUCAGAUGAAGCUCAUCAAUGAACGCAAGGAGAGGCGAUUAGUGCUACAAAAGAAGUUAGAGUCUUCUCAAGUACCAGAAGAGGAACAGCUCAAUCUAUUGAAGGAUUUAGAGCGCAAGGAAACUGAGUAUAUACGGUUAAAAAGAAAUAAAAUAUGUGUAGAUGAUUUUGACCUUCUAACCAUUAUUGGCAGGGGAGCCUUUGGGGAGGUAAGACUCUGCCGUGAAAAGAAAUCAGGUAAUAUAUAUGCCAUGAAAAAGUUGAAGAAGUCUGAAAUGCUCAGCAGGGGACAGGUAGAGCAUGUCAGAGCUGAAAGGAAUGUACUUGCAGAAGUUGCCAGUGACUGCAUUGUGAAACUCUAUUACUCAUUUCAAGAUGCUGACCACUUAUAUCUCAUAAUGGAAUAUUUGCCUGGUGGUGAUAUAAUGACUUUGUUGAUGAGGGAAGAAACUUUGACUGAAACUGUGGCUAGAUUUUAUAUUGCCCAAAGUGUUUUGGCCAUAGAGUCUAUUCAUAAACACAACUACAUUCAUCGAGAUAUAAAACCUGACAACCUUCUAUUGGACAAAUAUGGUCACAUGAAACUGUCUGAUUUUGGUCUUUGCAAGCCACUUGACUGCUCAAGUCUAUCAUCUAUAAAUGAAAAUGAAAUCCUGGAUGAUGUGAACUUGAAUGAUACCAUGGAUGUUGAUGGAGCCUUGCCAAAUGGCCGAAAUGGUAGGCGCUGGAAAAGUCCCCUUGAACAACUUCAACAUUGGCAAAUUAACAGGAGGAAGUUGGCAUUUUCCACUGUUGGAACUCCAGACUAUAUUGCUCCUGAAGUAUUACUGAAAAAGGGUUAUAGUGUGGAGUGUGACUGGUGGUCUCUUGGUGCUAUAAUGUAUGAAAUGCUAGUUGGAUAUCCUCCAUUUUACUCUGAUGAUCCCGUAUCAACAUGCAGAAAGAUUGUGCACUGGAAAAAUCACUUGAAAUUUCCAGAGGAGGCCAGAUUGACACCUGAAGCCAAGGAUCUAGUAUGCAGGUUGCUUUCUGGUGUUCCACACAGGCUUGGUACUAGAGGAGCAGAUGAAAUCAAAGCUCAUCCUUGGUUCAAAGAUGUUAUAUGGGACAAACUCUAUGAAAUGGAUGCAGCAUUUAAACCACAAGUCAAUGGAGAGCUUGACACUCAGAAUUUUAUGAAAUUUGAUGAGGUUGACCAACCAAAACCAACUAGAACUGGAUCUGGAACCCACAGAAAGAAGCUCAUAACUACUCAAGAUCUCAGUUUUGUUGGUUAUACAUAUAAGAAUUUUGCUGCUGUCAAGGGGAUGUAUCAAUCUACCGAAGCAGGGGGCAUGUCACCAAAGCGAACAUCCGUUGACUCCACGCAAAGUGACUCUGCAAUAGACUAUUCCACCUGAUACUCAAAGGACAUCACAAAAUUAUAGACGGUUCCACCAUCUGGGAAUGCCUUUUCUCGCUUGAGAACAAUGACCUAUUUUUUUUCUCCAUUUUCGUGUAUAGACCUUGUGUAGCAAAAAUAGGAGGACAUGAUGGUGAGUAAGCUUGCUUAUUUUUCAACCGGAUUUGCCUUACUUUCAGUGCCUACAGCCACCUAUCAUGCAGAACUUAGUGUACAGGGAUAUCUGCAUCACUGAUAGCUCUACUAUCUGUGAAAGUUUUGAAGUUAAAGUACAUGUAAUUGUAAACUUGUCACUGUGACGUGACCACUUGUGCCCAGGUUAGCUACUUAGCUAAGAAACGUGCCAUCACUUGUGGCAUGCAAAUUCUGACCCCCUUUUUUUCUCGAUCCACCUUUGCUAUAGUCUAGCAAGCUAUUUAUUCCCUUUAUGGAACUUGACUCAAACAAUCUUUUGCUUCCAUCAAGUUAGAUAUAGGUCAAGUUUUGAGUUGACUAUGUAAUAUGUUGACAUAAUAACAAAAUCAAGUGAUAUCAAUUGCAACUUUGUUCUUAUUCUGUUUU